AUGGCUACGCAGCCGACAACCCAUAGCAACAAUUUCUCCAGAGGUUGUUCUGUGGCCGUCCCUCCUAAGUUGAGCAAUGUUUUCCCAUUUUUCAUCAAGAUAAGCCUCCGUGAAGCUGAUCCAGCAUCGCUGAACUUUGUUAGUCAGCCUGCCAAGCCUCAGUUUAUUGGAGAUUUAUUUUUAGAAUGUGCAAUGUGUCCACACCUUAAAUUGCCAAACACGUUCUUCCUAUCAAUUUUCCACAGCCAUGUAGACAGGAUAACAACAUGGCAUGAUCCACGGAAGACCAUGAGUCAGAUGAACCUGAACACAGCUGGUACAUCUAACCAGAUGCAGCAAAGGCCCAUGCCAGUCACCCAUCCAAAUCCUGAGCCAAUGCCUGAAGGGUGGGAACAAGCAGUGACACCUGAGGGAGAAAUUUACUUCACCAACCACAAAACCAAGACAACCUCCUGGCUCGACCCAAGAUUGGAUCAACGCAGCAUGAUGAAUCAGCAGCAGAUGACGCCAAACACAACUGUACCCCCUCCUGUUGUGCCCUCGCAGAAUCCGCGGAUGGCCAUGAUGAACCUAUCCAGUGCUAUGACGGUGCAGCAGAAGCAUCAGCAGAAGAUGCGUCUCCAGCAGAUCCAGAUGGAAAAAGAGAGGAUUAAGCAUCUGCAACAGGAGCUCAUGAGACAGGAGAAGGCACUGUACAAUCAGAUUCCCAGUCAGAUUCCCAUUGAAUCGGAUAACAUCUCCACAGCCCAGAAUGCAGUCUCUACACCGACAAUGACACAGGAGAUGCAUGCCAUCACAAACAAUGGCUCUGACCCCUUCCUCAGCAGUGGACCGUAUCACUCACGGCAGGCAAGUGCAGACAGCGGCUUGGGAUUAGGAAGGACACCUGAAGACUUUCUGGGUCAUGUCGAGGAAAUGGAUACAGGAGACAUGGGGCAGACCGCUAUGACUGCAAAUCAGCCCAGUCGCUUCCCUGACUUCCUGGACUCCCUGCCUGGAACCAACGUGGACCUCGGGACCCUGGAAGGCGAGGACCUGAUGCCAAGCCUGCAGGAGCCCUUCGGAUCAGACAUCUUGCCUGACGUGGAGUCUAGCCUCAACCCUAAAGAGACUUUCCUCACUUGGUUGUAAGCACUCAAGGAAGAAGCAAGGAAAGAAAGAAAACAAAAAUAAAAAUCGAGACAAAAGUUACUUUUUCUGCUUGAAUCAGAGGCAGAUUGCCUCAAGUAGCGCUUUUUUGUUUGCCUGAUGACUCUUAUGCUCCCCCGACACCCCAAAGUGGUAUAUACUUGUCAUUUAAGUAAUGAAAAGGUGGCUAGCAAUACUUUAUAUGAACUAUAUUCUUGAACUAUUUCAAUUUCUUUGACCUUCCAUGUAAUCAUGGGGUUAGCCUCUAGUAGAAGAUCAAAGAUUUCACUGCUUAUCCUAUUUUGCAUGGCAAAUUGGAUGAUUUCUUUGUCCAAUAUUAUUAAUAUUAUAUUCUUAGCAGCCAAAAGGAAGAUGAUAAUGAACCAAAGAGACUGGCCAUUCGUGUUUAUUUGUGCGUGUAAUAGCACAUGACUGGAGUCUGUUUGGUUCAAAUGAUAAAAAAAAACACAUUGGGGAAGGUGGGGCUGAGGGGGUUGUUAAUCAAAUAGUUGUGGUGACAUUUUAUCAGAAAAAUGGAGUGAUACCAAACACUUACCAGCUAUUUAACACAAACAGAGCUUUAAAAUGUGUUUGUACUGUUCUAUAUCAAAAAGAAAAAUGUACAAAGAACGUCCAGGUUUGGAGUUUUGUCACCGUGACAAUGAUUCGUUGCCAUUUGCACAUAGGGGCACCAUUGUACUCUUAGCGGUUCGAGCUGCAGUUCUGUAUUACUCGAUUACAUGCUAUUAAUUCAUUUUCAUGGCCUAGGUGCCCACAUUGGCAGUGAUGGCGGAUGCAGGUUUGCCACAUUCCCAUGGCAUUCCUUUCUCUGCUAAAUUUAACAGAAUUGCUAAACCAUUUAAAGCAAACAGUUUUUAGUGACUCUGUCCAAAUAGUGGAGAGGGGAACAUGUUAUGAGUCCCUGAAUAUCAUCACAGCUGUUAGCUUCUAAACUCAUAUCUUUCAAAGGCUUCGAGAUUAUAACGUAGAUAAAUAUAACUGUAUACCCUUAUAGUUUGAUAUGUUACAAUGUUAUGUUCUGUAAAAAUAGAUUUUGCAAACAAAAAAAACUACCACAUUUUUAUCGAGUGGCUACUUUAGUUCUUCUUUUCUAAAAAAAAACUUUUUUUUUAAUUAUUAUCAUAUUGAAACUUGGAUUUUAGAUUUUUAUCAUGUCAAGUACUCAAAUUGUUAUACUUUAAAAAGAAAGGGACAACCUCCUUUCUUUUCUGUUGGUAAUCAGGUGAGAAUUUGGGAGCAAUGAAAGUGGAAAGGUUGUAUUGAAUUGGACUGGGUGGAGUUCAGGGUGGAAUGAGUUGCCUUGUGCAAGGUAGGAGUGGACAGGGAAUGAUGCAAUGCUGAAGAUCCAUAGAAGAAUGCCCUUAUUGCAAUGUAAGGCUGGAUGUGCAGGAUAAAGGAAGCUGCACCGUCCCAUUUGAGUCCCAAAAGAUUACUCUUUUCCCACAGGUGCACCAUAAGCAAUUUAUAGAGGCAGUUAGGAGAGGCAUGCUGAUCCGAAGGUAAUCGAAAUUUCAGCAAACGUUAACCAAUUAUUUAAAUGUCAAAAAAGGUGAGGUUAGACCCCAUAGUGCAGCCUGCGCUCCAUAAGUGUGCCAAGUGACAAUGCUGGAUGGAUGGAGCGAUUUGAAAUGUCUGUUACCAUUUUGUUGGCUGCUCUUUGUCUGGAUUCAGAAGAGGGUUCCAGCAUUCAGAUUCAGUGCCAGCUUUGGGUCUGGAGUUUAACAGGCACCAUUGUAACCGCUCGCCUCUGUCCCCCCAACCCCACCCAGCCCCCUCCCCACCAACCCCACCCAUCCCUUCAUUCAGACAAGCAAAACAUAUUGAUGAGCAGUUUCAGAAAGGCUCUCAAAAUGGGAAAAGUGAAACAGAUGCUGGCAUGAAAUCAGACGGAGAGAGCCGAUGAGCUUGAUUUUCCCCCAGUAGCCUCUAUACUUUAUUCCUGGUGUCAAAUUCUGUGUGCCUGUCUCCCCAGAACAGCCAGCACUCUAUGAAUAAACGAGAUAGUUAAGCAUAAAAUGUUCACUGAUGUGAAAAGGGGCAUCAGGUGACUGAAUGCUUGACCCUGCUGAAGUAUCAUUGCUUGCACUUGCCAAUUGCUGAGGAUUCUCUUGUUUUGAUUUUGUGUGUUUUUGGAUGGUGGGGAGGGUGUUGUGAAUGAGGAGCCCUUUAUUGUAGUAAAGGCUUUGAGUCAUAGAGCAAGCAGAAGGAGCAGUGGCUAUUCAUAAGAGUAACACUGAUGGUGAGAAGUGUACUCUGGACAGUCAUUCCAUUCUACCUGAAGGAGGACAGAUAGUGGUGCAUGGCCUGAAAGGGUGUAAAAAUAAUGCGGAAUAAGCAAACUCUCCUCAUUUUCUUUAGUAUAAUUUUAAUUUAUCAACAUCAGAGUUGGGGAGCCCUCUCCUUGUAGAAUUGGCACUGGUCUGAUUUUGUUUAUUUGAAGAGCUCGGAAUCUUAAUGUGAGUUGAAUGAAAUGCACUUUUAGACCUUAUUAUCUGAGCAGUUUCCAUUUUGGUCAGAAUUCAUGCGAAACCCACUGACUAUUUUCUGGCACCUUCACCAAGCUCUUUGCUCAUGCUACAGUGAUAUCAUCGUACAUUCAGACAUGGGCUGUGAAGAGGAUCUUUGUCACAGUUUCUCGGAAUCUGAGCCACUGAGGGAGUGGUGUCACUUGAGAUAGCCCUUACCUUCAAAAUCUGCCUUGACCUCCUGUCUGGCAGUGAUUGGCCAGAAGGAGUUGGCAUUUAUCCAAAGGGUUUUUCUGCGGUGACCAUGACUUCACACCUAGUCUAGCGAAUGGAGUGCGUUAUUUAUCACAGACGUUAGUGUACAGACAAAAUCAUUCUGUCGUCUAUAUGGGGAACGAGGAACGACAUGGAGGGGUAGAUUUGGAAAAUAGGAAUGCACAAGGGAACAGAUAAGAAAGCUGGAAAAAUAACAGCAUUUUAAAUAUUGGAGGACCCUGCAGAGGAAGUACAGCUUGAAUACCACUCAGGCAAGAUUUCUUGCAUUUAGGUGUUCGUGUCUGUGUUAACCUCUUCAGCUUUAUGGAAUAAUUAGUUAAAAUGUGUUAUUUCUAGUACAGUAUGAACCUUUUCAUAGAUAGCUCAAUCUAUUCAUACAGUGUGAAAGUGUAUCAUGUAUGUGUCCUUAUGUUUUGAAUUUGGGUUAUUUUGUACUGAAAUGUAUUGAGCAUUGCAUUAUAGCAGGGUAAGCAUACGGAUUGUAUGCAAACAGUUCAGUUCCGGUUUAAAUCCUUGAAGUCUUGUACAACAAGCUUUUAAAAAAAUAAAUAUAAUUGGAUUUUAACUUU